AUGGCUCAGUGUGAAAAGCUGAGCCCAGAGGAGGAGUCCAUCAUCCGCACAGUCUUCAAAAACUAUGUUCUGGAGCAUCACUCUGAAGACCUGCAGCAGGUCAUCACAGAGGCUGACGUCCACACUCACCGUGCCAUCGCGGUCAACGCCAUGAACCUUUUUGAAGCCAAUAUGGAAGUUGGGGACUAUUUUAAUGUGUAUCCCAGUGAAGUUUUGGCUCUUUUUGAUGAGGUUUUACAACAAACCGCUCUGGAGGUUUUAAGAACUGGCCAGCAGAGGGCGCCAGAGCAGAGGCUAACAUGCACUCUUCAUACACGGAUUGCAGGUUUACCUGUGUGUCCGGAGCUCACCAGAGACACAAUUCCCAGAUCCAGAGACGUGGGUCAUUUUCUCUCAGUCAAUGGAACAGUCAUUCGAACCAGUGACACGAAGGUCUUAGAGUUCCAGCGUGACUACAUGUGUGCAAAGUGCCGACACGUUUUCCAAGUGAGAGCUGAGUUUGACCAGUUCUACAGCUUCUCUGCUCCGGCCGCCUGCUCCAACCCCGAGCGCUGCGACUCCCACAGAUUCACCUGUCUGUCGGGGGACACGGAGCCCGCCUCCUGCAGAGACUACCAGGAGAUCAAGAUCCAGGAACAGGUGCAGCGGCUGGCGGUCGGCAGCAUCCCUCGCUCCAUGAUCAUCGUGCUGGAGGACGACCUGGUGGACUGCUGCAAAUCAGGAGACGACGUGACUGUGUACGGCGUCGUGUGUCAGCGCUGGAAGCCUUUCUCCGACGGCUCUCGCUGUGACCUGGAGCUGGUGCUGAAGGCCAACAACAUGGAGGUGAACAACCAGCACACGGCGGUCUCUGUGCUGCUGGAGGAGGCCCACCGGGACGUAGAGGACUUCUGGGACACGCACAGGAGCAACCCCCUGGCAGGAAGGGACCAGAUCUUGAUGAGUUUCUGCCCACAAAUAUUUGGCAUGUAUGUGGUCAAACUGGCGGUGGCGAUGGUGAUGGCGGGUGGCGUGCAGAGGAUAGACUCUACUGGCGGGAAAGUUAGAGGAGAGAGCCACAUGCUGUUGGUGGGCGACCCGGGAACAGGAAAAUCCCAGUUCCUCAAGUACGCAGUGAAAGUCCUGCCCCGCUCUGUGCUCACGGCUGGGAUCGGGUCAACGAACGCAGGUCUGACUGUGGCUGCGGUGAGAGACGGGGGGGAGUGGCACCUGGAGGCUGGAGCGCUGGUCCUGUCCGACGGAGGCCUCUGCUGCAUCGACGAAUUCAACAGCAUCAAAGAACACGACCGCAUCAGUAUCCACGAGGCCAUGGAGCAGCAGUCCAUCAGUGUGGCCAAAGCUGGUAUGGUGUGCAAGCUGAACACCAGGACCACCAUCUUGGCAGCCACCAACCCCCGGGGCCAGUACGACCCGAGCCAGUCCCUGUCGGAGAACGUGGCCCUGGCCAGCCCUCUGCUCAGCCGCUUCGACCUGGUGCUGGUUCUGUUGGACAGUAGGAACGCCGAGUGGGACCGCACCAUCUCCAGCUUCAUCCUGGAGGACCGCGAACGCCCAGGGCAGCCCUCGGACUCCUCUCUGUGGUCCAUAGAUAAGAUGAAAGCCUACUUCUGUCUGAUCAAGCGUCUGCAGCCUCAGCUCUCGCAGGACGCCAACCGAGUCCUGACCAGUUACUACCAGCUGCAGAGACAGAGCCAGGGCCGCGGCGCUCGCACCACCAUCCGCAUGUUGGAGAGCCUGAGCCGGCUGGCAGAAGCACACGCCAAACUCAUGUACAGAGAGACCGUCACCGUCGAGGAUGCGAUCAUGGCCGUGUCUGUGAUGGAGUGCUCUAUGCAGGGGGGCGCUCUCCUGGGCAGUAUGAACGCUCUGCUGACCUCGUUCCCUGAUGAUCCACUGAGUCAGUACAGGACUCAGUGUGAGCUGCUGCUGCAGGGACUGAAGCUGCCGGAGCUGCUGCACAAAGAGAACCUCAGACUCUCUGCUCUCACAGACUCAUGA